GUGUGGAAGCCGAUUUGGCGAGCCCUUUACCUCCCGAGCGCUCAGUGUGUUCUAGCGCGUUAAUGCGAGAGGCGCGCCCACCGAUUUUUCAAACAGAUCACUUCUUACCAGCCCGCAAUUACUUUGCCUUAGCAACACUUUCCUAACGGUGUGUGCGUUUGUUCUGUGCGUAGUGCUGCAUGUGUGUGCAUGUGAAAGCCGGACGGUGAAACGCGAAGGAUACCAGACGAACGAGAAGUGAAUAAAUCUUGUGCGUUUGUUUACGAUCAGCCGUACCCUAACGAUGUUGGGCCGUUUGUUACUGUCUCGAGGAUAUCACAGCACGAAGGGUGUGUUUGGGAAUCGACCAAGGCCUACCUACCGGUACGAAGGAGUCAGUGCAGCGGUGUUGGAAAAGCGUAACAGCAACAGCAAUGUGUACCGAUGGGUAGAAGCGUACCGCACACAUGGACACCGCGUCGCUACGAUUGAUCCAGUCAAAUUUAACUCCUCUGAGGCGUGCUUCGACCAGCUGCCAGAGCUCCAAUACACUCGGUAUGGGCUCACGCCAGAAGAUCGCGUCGAUCCGACCGGUUUGCUCAACGUACCGCAACAGCAGGCACUGUCAAUGGCCGAACUGGAUCAACUGCUUGCCCGCAUGUACUGUGGUACGUGCAGCAUUGAACUCGGGUUCAUCGAGUCGGAAGAGGAACGCGAAUGGCUUGCCGGUCGUUACGAACAACUGUUCCAGCAGGAACCCACCGUCACCGAACGGCGCGACAUUGCCGAGCUGAUGCUCAAAUCGCAAGCCUUCGAUCAAUUUCUGGCGAUCAAAUUCCCGACCGUGAAACGGUACGGUGGUGAAGGUGCCGAGAGUAUGAUGGCAUUCUACUGGGAGCUGUUCCGGUGUGCCGGUGAGGCCGAUCUGCGCAACAUCGUCAUCGGUAUGCCACACCGGGGCAAGCUGAACGUGCUAACGACGCUGUUCGGUACGCGUCCUGCCAAGAUAUUUAAAAAGUUCAAAGGACAUCCAGAAUUCCCUGCCGAUGCGCAGGCGAUGUGUGAUAUUGCAAGCCAUUUUCAUACUUCAACGGAUGUGACAGUGGGUGGGAAAACGUUUCAUCUCAAUAUGCUGCACAAUCCGUCGCAUCUGGAGGCGGUGAAUCCCGUCUCGAUGGGGAAAGCACGGGCCAAGCAGCUCGCGCUUGCUGACGGUCCGUACGACGUACAGGGCGUGGAUGAAUACCAUCGCUCGAAGGUACUGAACGUUCAAGUGCACGGCGAUGCCGCCUUUCCCGGGCAGGGUAUCAACCAGGAAUGUUUGAUGAUGGCGAAUGUGCCACACUUUGAGGUGGAGGGCACGAUACAUCUGAUCGUGAACAAUCAGGUCGGCUUUACGACACCAGCAGAGCGGGGCCGCAGUACGCGGUAUGUUUCCGAUCUGGCAAAAUCAAUCAUGGCACCGAUCGUACACGUCAAUGGGGAUGAUCCGGAGGCGCUGGGAGGCGUUACGAAGCUUGCCGUUGAAUAUAGGCAAAAGUUUGGCAAGGAUUUCUUCAUCGAUCUGAACUGCUUCCGACGCUGGGGACACAACGAACUGGACGACCCCACGAUGACAAAUCCACUGCUGUACAAGGUGAUACACGCACGGAAGUCCAUCCCGGACGUGUACGCGGAAAAGCUUAUCGCAGCCGGCGUGUUUGACCAGCAAGAUGUGGACGCGAUCUCGAAGAGUCACCAGAACUAUCUGACCGCAGAACUGCAGGCGCAUGAGCAGUACGAACCGGAGCGCUCCUAUUUCGGCAAACAGUGGAGUGGACUUCAGCAACCCGGUGAUGAAGUAACUGUGUGGAACACGGGUGUCGACUACCGGUUGCUGGGUCACAUCGGGCAGGAGAGUGUAAAGCUGCCGGAAGGUUUCAAUGUUCAUCCGCAUCUUCAGAAGAUACACAUCGAUGCACGGUUGAAGAGAAUCGCCGAAGGUCAACGGAUCGACUGGGCAACGGCGGAAGCGAUGGCGAUCGGAAGUUUGAUGUACCAAGGGUACAAUGUCCGGCUAAGCGGUGAAGAUGUCGGAAGGGGAACGUUUUCCCAACGGCACGCCAUGCUGGUCGAUCAGCAGACGAACGAGAUCUUUAUUCCGCUGAACGCAAUGGCGGCGGGCAGCCCGAAUGCUGGACGGUUUGAACUAGCGAACAGUAUACUUUCGGAGGAAGCUGUGCUUGGGUUCGAGUACGGCAUGGCUAUCGAUAGUCCCAACAAUUUGGUACUGUGGGAAGCACAGUUCGGUGAUUUCUUCAACGGUGCACAGAUCAUCAUCGAUACCUUCCUCGUUAGCGGUGAAACAAAAUGGAUGGUCUGCAAUGGUUUGGUGAUGUUACUACCUCACGGUUAUGAUGGUGCCGCUUCUGAGCACAGUUCCUGCCGCAUGGAACGCUUUCUGCAAAUGACCGACUCGCGGGAAACAAGCCCCGACGGUGAUGCGGUCAACUUCCAGGUUAUCAAUCCAUCAACACCCGCCCAAUACUUCCACGCGCUACGCCGUCAAAUGAUACGCAACUUCCGGAAACCGUUGGUUGUGGUAGCACCGAAGACGUUGCUGCGCCUCUCGGACUGCGUGUCACCGCACGGUGACUUUGCACCGGGCACACACUUCCAGCCGGUGCUGGCCGACCCGGAGCAUGGUGAGCGCAUCGAUCCGAAGCGCGUGCGGCGCGUUGUGCUGUGUAGCGGCAAACACUACUACACGCUGCAGGCCGAACGGAAAUCGCGCCAGGUAAGCGAUGUCGCACUGGUGCGGUUAGAAUCGCUCUGCCCAUUCCCGGUGCAGGCCAUACGGGACGAGCUGGCAAAGUACGCGAACGCGCGUGAGUUCGUUUGGAGCCAGGAGGAACACCGUAACAUGGGCGCAUGGACGUUCGUGCAGCCGCGCUUCGAAAACAUGUGUGAAAGAAGGAUUCAGUACCGUGGCCGUCCGGAAGCUGCUACCGUUGCGGUCGGUGUCAGCCAGUGGCACGUGAAAGAGGCUGAGGAAGUGAUUAAAACCACCUUGUAUUAAACCUUUCUCUUCCUGAUUACAAUCACCAUCAUCUCCAUCAUUGUCGCUCUUUGAUUUUGGGGAUUUUUAUUUAACGUUCUGUUCAUUCGUGGAAACAAAAUGAGACCGUACAUCGCUGUGGGGGAGAGUUGAUAAACGAUGUUGCAAAUUGACUAUUUAUGUUUUGGUAUCAUUGCGUCGAGUAUCUGAUUGAGCAUCAGACCAAGUAUGGGUAGUUGUUAUUCUAUAGAGUAUUUGUUUUACUAUUGCACAUGAUGUAAGCAUUGCUCUCGGUAGAUUGUAUGUACGGAUGAGCGUAUCUUCUGCCUAUACUGCGUUAUUAGAAGCGAUAGUCUCUAUCAACCAUUGCUAUCGUUCCAUAUCUGAGUCUUAUUGAGCCUUGCGUUUCUGCAAAAGUUUCACGAAAUUUUCGGUGCCACAUUGAACUACUUAUUAAACGAUAAAAUUUAAGUCUUUCUUGCUACCCGAUCGACAAUGUGUGUGCACAAUGCAUGAACCUAUCCUCAACUGUAUUGUCUGUCUCCGAAAAUGGACCAACAUAAUAUGAUGUUUUUGCUAACUAGUUAAACAAUUUUUUUUAAUAUACGCUCGUCUAAAUUUGGAAAAAAGAUUUAUAAAUGGGUGACAAUUUUUUAACACUUUCUCAAGUCAAACUACACACGUACAUAACUGCUACACGUAAUACAAUAUUGAAAGGAAGGAAAAUUCUAAAUAAAAUGUUUUCUAACUCUCACGGCGUAUAAAUGAACACAAACAAUUUC